AUGUCAGUCUCAUCGUCAACAUCGUCACCUCCCAAGCGCUACUCGAUCGUCGAACCACACCCGUCGGUGCCAUCAUCACACUACUUCUCCACGGGCCGUGGUGGCGCUGGUAACGUGACGCGCGCACCACCCUCGACCACCCGGGGCAGCGACGCCACGGGACCAGCGGCACGAGUCAGCCUCAUCUCGCACCCGUCGCACCCUCGCAAGAACUUUGUGGCCGGCCGCGGCGGCGCGGGCAACGUGCACCCGAGUUCCGAGCGGGCCAUCUUCAGCUUUGACGAGGAGCUCGAGCGCCAGUUGUCUCAAGAACGCCACGCCGCGCCCGUCUACCACGUCGGCCGGGGCGGAGCGGGAAACCUCGCCCACUCCCCCAACGGCGGCAGCAGCACCACCACCACUGGGUCAAGCGGCUUCUUCAGCACCACCACCGGGGGAAGGCGGUCGACGACGAGCGGCCGACCGGCAUGCCAGAGCAGCACCGAGAGCGAGAGCGGUGCCGACGUCUUCAACCGCGGCAUCAAGAAGCGAUGGAACAAGUUGAUGGGUGUGGGAUACUAG